GUUAGAAAAGAUUUGCCUUUAACCUAAAGUCAAUCAUUCUCAAACCUUUUCAUAGCCCAGAGUAAAUUUAAAAGAAACCUUCACAGUCAGUCUCUCCCAUACCAACACUGCCAUUGAGGUUAUCUACCUCACAAAAAUGGCUGCCAUAAUCAACACACUUGCAGCAAUUAAACUAUCCAAUCCAGCAAAUACCCAUGUCCGUACUCGCUCUUUUCUCUCUCCUGCUUCAACUUCUUUCACCAGAAGAAGAUUCACGAUUAAAGCAGCAGACACUGAUACUGAUACCAAUGAAGUGAAAGGUCAGGUACCAGAUAAGGCACCAACUAAGGAGGGUUCUAGCUUCAAUCAGCUUCUUGGAAUCAAAGGGGCUUCACAAGAAACAAACAAAUGGAAGAUUCGUCUCCAGCUUACAAAGCCUGUUACAUGGCCUCCAUUGAUUUGGGGAGUAGUUUGUGGAGCUGCUGCAUCAGGGAACUUUCAUUGGACUCCGGAAGAUGUGGCUAAAUCGGUUCUUUGCAUGAUGAUGUCUGGACCUUGUCUGACUGGCUAUACACAGACCCUAAAUGAUUGGUAUGACCGAGAUAUUGAUGCAAUUAAUGAACCCUAUCGUCCGAUUCCUUCAGGGGCAAUAGCUGAGAAUGACGUCAUUACUCAAAUUUGGGUGUUGUUUCUAGCUGGACUUGCUAUCGCUGGAGGGUUGGAUGUGUGGGCAGGGCAUAAAUUUCCUAUCCUUUUCUACUUGGCUUUGGGUGGAUCUUUUAUCUCAUACAUAUAUUCUGCACCUCCCCUGAAGCUUAAACAGAAUGGUUGGAUUGGAAACUUUGCUCUUGGGUCAAGCUACAUCAGUCUUCCAUGGUGGGCUGGUCAAGCUUUGUUUGGCACUCUGACACCUGAUAUAAUUGUUCUUACACUCCUGUAUAGCACUGCUGGGCUUGGGAUUGCCAUUGUUAAUGACUUUAAGAGCAUUGAAGGCGACAGAGCAAUGGGAUUGCAGUCAAUUCCAGUAGCUUUUGGCAUUGAGGCUGCUAAAUGGAUUUGUGUUGGUUCGAUUGACAUUACUCAGUUAUCAGUUGCAGGUUACCUGCUGGGGGCCGGCAAGCCGUAUUAUGCUUUAGCAUUACUGGGAUUGAUACUUCCACAAAUUUAUUUCCAGACCAAAUAUAUCCUGACGGACCCUAUCAAGUAUGAUGUCAAAUAUCAGGCUAGUGCACAACCGUUUCUUAUUCUCGGUCUUCUAGUGACUGCAUUGGCAGUCAACCAUUAAGUACCUGUAUACACUGUGUCAUCAUGGUCUGUAAAACCUCGACAAACAACGGAAUUUCAAACAUCAGCGACAGAAAGUCCUAAACGUGAGCAAUAAUGCUGCUUUCAACAAACGCGAGGUCAGUUGAACAUGUUGGUGAGCAUCCAUUGUUUAUGUAUUCAGCAGAGUAGAGAUUUUCCCUUGUGCCUUCCAUCAUUCUCGAAUAAUCAGAUCACUGUAUCCCCUGUAUCCCCUGUAUCCAUAAUUUUGUGCAAUUAGAAAUCGCUAAAACCUCGGACUUGAGCAUCUUGUAUUCUGAUGUUUCAAGUUCUGUAGUAGAGGUCAGAUUAGACAUCUGUUGUAUUCAUUCUCUCUUUAUAUUUCCCCCCUUGAUUUUCUUUCUUUUGAGAAAAGUGGGUAUAUGAUUGUGUAUCAUAACUGAUGUUCAAGUGAGUAAUGUUCAUAAUUUCAUUUACCUCCA